AUGGCUACUGCUCCAUCACCAAACUCCCGAGCUUCUCUUCUCUCUGGACUCCGCACAGGCGGGGUUCGCUCGGUCUCCUCCACAGUCCCACAUACUGCUGCCCCAGGGGCCACUUUCAACAUUCCCAGAGCCACAUCUCACUCUUUUCCAGAGGAAGAAGAGGACCAGGUCCUUGAAAUGCCUCCUAGAAAUAUCUAUGCCAACAAUCACCAUGGUGCUUCUCAUAUCAUGCCUAUGACUGCUGCCGUCGAUGCUCCCAAUAAUCGUUUUGCCCAGCAGCAGCGUGGCAUGAAUCCUAAUAGCAUUCCUUUCAGUCCUGCCUUUAACAACAAUGUGAACCAGGCUCAACAACAAGCUUUCCAGAUGCAAAUGAUGCAGUUGGAACUUUUGAAGCUUCAGGCCGCCCAACAGUACCAAGCCGAGUUGAUGGCUCAAGCUCAGCGUCAGCAGCAACAACAGCAGAACAGACGUGCCUCAUACAACCCUCCCGCCACCGCUGGCCCAUUAUCUACCGCAUUCGAUAUUCACUCCGCAACCGUGAGCGCUCAAAUGCGCCGUGCCAGUGAACAGCAACAGAUUUUCCAGUCUCAACUCUCAGUCCGUGAUGAUUAUGUACCCAUGACUGCUGCAAUCGGGGGAAAGUUCGGAAGUCGUACUAACUUCCCCAGCCGCCAUGACGAACAAAGUGAUAUCUCAUAUCAUGGGUCGACCACUGUUAUCAGCGGCGGAACUUCCUUGGGCAGCUCCAGUUCCAAUAACAUCAGCGGUUCGAAUGUUCCAUCCAAAUCGGAUUCUGCAACUUCCUGGAGACGGGGAGGAAAAGGCAAUUCCGUCCUUAACGGUGCCAACCGUGCGGUUUCCUCACCGAGCGUCAAGGUGACACCUCCUGAGCCCGAGCGGUCCUCCCCCCCUCUUAUCAUUUCGCCGGUAACAAAGAACCGCCCUCAGCCACUGCAGUUUACCCCUGUUGCACAACAGCCCCUGCCGACUGUCACCAUAGACUCAUCUGACGGAAAUGACAUCGAUGAUACCUCGUCAACAAGCUCCUCCAAAUCAGGAGCAUCGAACUCGUCCCCCACCACUCCUCAAUCACCUUCAUCUAACGAGAUACCUCUUUCGCCGCGCGAGGAAGCCUCAAAGAAGUUGUAUGAAGGUCUCGGGAUGGGUCGCCCAGGCUCUGCUAUCGCUGUCGCGCAGCAACCAUACGGUUCCCCCCCAAAUGAUAACAACACGGCCUUGGUUUCCCACAGGAUGGCGAGCCAGCCCACUAGGCAGCCCCGCGGGCCACCUUCAGGAGCAGACGAGCUGGGUCCCAAGAAUUUUGCGACGAGGAUCAGAAGAAAGGCCAUCGGUGGUUUGGGCAUGCUUAUGGAUGCCAGGGAAAGGAGAGAAAUCGUGGAGGCCUUCUGA